GAUACUCUCGUUACCGCGCAGCGGACUAAAACAGACAUUAACACUAAUAAUGGAUGAUCAGGGAUGCCCGAGGUGCAAGACGACCAAAUACAGAAAUCCAUCUCUGAAGCUGAUGGUGAAUGUGUGCGGACACACGCUGUGUGAGAGCUGUGUGGAGAUGCUGUUUGUCCGUGGCUCAGGUAACUGUGUGCAGUGCAACACUCCGCUCAGAAAGAGUAAUUUCCGCGUACAGCUCUUCGAAGAUCCAGCCAUCGAUAAAGAGGUGGAGAUCCGCAAGAAAGUUCUCAAAAUCUAUAAUAAGAGAGAAUUUGAUUUUUCCUCUCUGAAAGAAUAUAAUGACUACCUAGAGCAAGUGGAGGACAUUGUGUUUAACCUGACUAAUAACAUAGAUGUCGAAAGGACCAAGCAGAUUAUGGAACAGUACCAGCGGGAUAACAAAGACAUUAUACAGAAAAACAAAGCCAAACUAACACGUGAGCAGGAGGAGUUGGAGGAGCUGUUGUUACAGGAGCAGCAGGUUUCUGAGCAAAGGAGACUGGAGACCCUUCAGGAGGAACAGAGACAACUACAGGCCAAGAGGAAAAACAAACAGGCCCUGCUGGAUGAACUGGAAAUUUCCAAGUUACCAGCUGCUGUGCUGUUGGCCCAACAUAAAGAUCGAGCUGUUCAACUGGAGACACAGAUAGAAAAACAAAAGCAAAAUGUCAAGCCAGCAAACAUCUUCUCUACUGGAAUAAUGAUGGGUCAGACUGUUUCUUUUGCUUCCGUGUCUCGCGUAGAGGAGGUGUUGUACGUCUAUCAGCCUCUGUGCAUUGACACAUAUGGGCCGCCCGUUCCAGAACUGGAUCAAUUGGGCCGAUUAGGAUUCAGUCUUUUGAAGUCGAGAGCAGACAAGUCUCUGAGUGUUUGUGUGUAUGUGUGUGUCUGUGUGUGUGAGGUUGACAGAGAGACAGAUUGUUUUUUGCUAUUUGUCUUAGUGUGUUUUGACAGUGAGUUAGUGGAGAUUUAUGUUGGACUGGUUUGUGUUUUUGGAGGGUCAUGUAUGUAUUCACUUCCUCCUCACCCUCGGGGCGAACCCCGUCCUUUGUGCCCCCCGUUCUGUACCUGUAUAAAUACAGAUUGGGUGGGGCAUUUUAUUAAAGACAGCUGUGUGCGAUUGCGUCUUGAAAAGAGGUGAUUGGGUUGAAGUUUUCUUUCUUUCACACAAAAUGUCUUCAAGUGUGGUCAGCUGCAUAUGUGUGAUGUGUGCAUAUUGUUUGAAUAGAGGCUUUUUUGUUGUUGUUGGGGGUGGGGGGUAACUAUAUGCCUUAAUAUGUUCAUGUUCUCUUACAAUAUUGCAUAGAAAUAUAUAUCAAGUUUUGGCUUUACAAGUCUCCCUUCAUGGAUCAGUAAUCUUCCCAUCAAACCAUCUCAGGACACACAAACACAUAUUCAGUCAGUGAUGAGUGAUGUCUCUGGUGAGUUUUGAGACGUGUCUGCAGAGAGUUGGAUAAGGUAAUUAGUUUAAGAGGCAUUUGUUAUUGGACAGGACACAGCUUGUAUGCAAGUCUGUGUUUGUUUGGGUUCAGUAAAAUGUUUUAAAAGAAGUCUCUAAUGCUAACCAAGGCAUUUAUUAGAUGAAAAAGUAAAUGUUAAUAUUAUGAAAAAAAUUAAAUAACCGUUUUAAUAAUAAUAUAUAUAUAAAAUCUCACCUAUUUCUUUGAUAGCAAAGCUGUUUUGUCAGCAGCCAUUACUCCAGCCUGUGUCCUAAACUCUCUGAAACAUGCUAGUUAAAAUGCUUCUAUUUUGCAUUAUUUAAAAAUGUUAUGCAGAAUUUAUUUUCGUUUAAAUAUAAAUGAAAAGUUUUCACAAGUUCCUGAAUAUCUUAGUAUAAUUUUCUUUAGGUUACGUGGGGCAAUUGCCAAGGACUUGUCAUUCAUUUCCAUGCCAAUGUUUAGACUACUACUACUUCUACAGCAACACACUUCGCCAUACAUGAAGUCAUCUUGUGCUAGACAGGAAGUAAUCCAUCAGCAGGUCAGAAGAGGGCACAUGUGUGAACAGGGUCAGUAGCUUUAUUAUGUUUUUCGACAUAAAUCUGGUUGAUUGUUGUUUAUUUAGGUAAUAAAGAACAAGAGGUAUUGUGAAUAUAACCAUGCCCAAGGCAAAUAGUUAAAACCUAACAUCUACUACUUAACAAUGAAAAUAUAAAGCACACAGAAUUUCAUUUGACAAUUUUAUUAGAGUAAUUCAUCAAGUGUCAUAAUUCUAGAAGCUCUUCCUGACAUAUUUACUUUAUUUAAGUAAGCUUUAAACAACUAAAAAAGGUGUUUCACAUGUUUAGUGUUUUGCAGCACAGCUGAAUUUAACCAAUUUUUUACCAAUCAGCACUAGGGACCAGACCUAGUCUAGAAGGGUCAAUGCCUGCAGACACGUUUUCCAUCCAUUCCUCCAUCUCUUCUUGUCUAUAAGGCUUUCUUUUUUUGGAAACUGCAUCUCUUCUUGGCUGUAUGGCUUUUUUUUUUUUUUUGGAAACUGCAUUUUGAGAUUUGAUAUUUGCAUAUGCAAACAGGCCUAAAACAAAGAUUCUAGCCUUGGCUUUAAGAGUAAAUUUGGCUUGCAAAUGGCCCCUGUUUCUGUGUGUAAGAGGUAGCAAGAGAGGGCUGAACUUCUAAAACAUACCCCUAGGGUGCAUUGUGGAAAAAUGGACAAACUAAACUUGUUCACCUUUUCGCUCUCUCUCUCUCUCUCUCUCAGUCCACAUAUUUGAUUGAAUUUUGCAUUUUACAAUGAUGUGGCUUUUCCUUUGAGCAAGGAAUCUUCACACAUGAUCACCCAGAUGUAUAUGGGUGUGUGUUUUUGUUCACCUCAUUCAGAAUCGGUUGUUGCGUAUCUCUUUAAAGCAUAAACCAUGCUACACAUCUUCAUGCAUUACAGAUACACGCUGCCUCUGUAAACAGCUAUAAUUUCGGACCAGUAGGUUUUAAUGACCCAGGUCGUCUCUUGGCUCCUGCGUAGAUGAGUUUGCUCUCUGAACUCUGAUGAGGAUAUUUGUGUCAUGGAUGAGUUGUAGUUUGAUAUAUGUGCUACUGACAUAGCAGUGUGGGCAACCAGAUCUGUUUGAGGAAUGUGUGUGUGACACUGACCCUGUAAAAAUGACAGAUUGACCAGCAGCUGCUAGAGAGUUUUCUCUGCUUUUCUAAGGGAACAUUUCUGUGCUGAUUCCUGUGCUAGGAAAGUCUUUCUCAACUUAUAUUAGGCAUUAAAGAUUGGCAAGACACGCAGAUCCCUCUGACGGAGAAACACACACAUACACACACCAUCAUCACCACACUUUAAUUUUGGAUUAAUCACGAUUAAUCGUUAGUAAUAAUCGCUAGUAUAAUUAGUAAUUUAUUUAACUUUUUUUUUCCUAAUUUUUUUAUACAAAAAAUGUAAUUUAGUUUGUGAGAAAUAUACAGUCCCAUUUGUUAUUACAAAAGAUUUUUACUUAAAAUAAAUUCUUUCACUUUCAGAAUCCUGACAAAAUGUAGCAUUAUUUAGCAUAGUUUCAACAAAGAUAUUAAGUUGCACAACUGUUUUCAACGUUGAUAAUAAAAAAAAAUGUCUUAUUUGGUGAAAGCACAAAAUCAGCAUA